UUAGUUCGCUUGACUACGUGACGUCACUUCACCCUGGAAAAAAUGUGCGAAUUAUAAAUUUCCCUUCAGGCACACAGCGAAUGACAGCACUUGCUUGGUGGAAAGCAAUGAAAGCAACUGUUGUACUCUUCUUCUUCCUGGGAAUGAGUAGUCUACUCUUCUGCAUAAAUCCAAGGGAUGGGGGACCAUAUGAAGAUGCUUAUAUGGUCACUAAUGCAGUUCUUAAAGGACUUCAGGGCACCGUGGUCAGUAUAUUUUACUGUGCGCUCUCACAAGAUGUUAGAACUGCAAUCACCAAGAAAUGGUUUCAGUACAAGGUUCGGUAUGAUCAGAAGAGAGAGAGUUCCUUACGGCAACAGAGCAGGCAGCAAUGCAUACGUUUUGGAGGUCAUUCCAGCGCUAUAAGGAAAGAUGGCGUGGAACAGAACUCCCCUUGUUUAGGAAGAAGUGAUACUGUAAUUACUCACACUAUGGAAGGAUCUAAACAAGAAGCUCACCCUAGAACCAAAUAUAGAGCUCAACCUAGAAACCAGGAUCAACCUAGAAACCAGAAUCAACCUAGAAACCAGGAUCAACUUAGAAACCAGGAUGAACCUAGAAACCAAGAUAAACCUAGAAACCAAGAUAAACCUAAAGACCAAGAUCACUCAAAUAUUGAAAUGAAAAUAUUCAGGCAUACUCACAAUGAUAGAUCUACUCGAGAACAAGUUUAGAGGGUCAGAGAUCAAUCAAGAAGAGAUUCAACUAGUUUUAAAUCAUCAAGAAGAGAUGUAUCUAGUAUAAAAUCAAUUAAGAAGAGGUUUAAUAAGUUCAAAAUCAAUCAAGAAGAGGUUUAACUAGUUUAAAAUAAAUCAAGAAGAGAUUCAACUAGUUUAAAAAACAAUCAAGAAGAGAUUUUUCUAGUUUUAAAUCAAUUCAGAAGAGGUUUAAUAAGUUUUAAAUCAAUCAAGAAGAGGUUUAUCAAGUUUGAGUUUUUUAAGUAGAGGUUUAACAAGCUUAAAAUCAACUAAGAAUAGGUUUAUUUAGCGUAAAAUCAUUCAAUUUGAGGUUUAACAAGUUUAAAAUCAAUCAAGAAGAGGUUUAACAAGUUUAAAAUAAAUA